AUGGAGAACCCGGACAUUGACGACCUGGAUGAAUUUGAUGAUGAGGACGAAGAGCUCGGAUGGUCUUUGAGCUACCUUGUGAUUUGCAUCCUGAUGCCCUUGUUCAACGGCUUUAUGAAUGGCUAUAGUUGGUCGGGCUAUUCUUUGCACUACAUCGAAAUGGGAUGGCCCUUGGCGAGGUCCGGAUUGUCUUGCCUCAUUGGCUUCCUGUUGCGGCCCGUUUUGCAGCAAGUUCAAAUCCGCUUGGGCUUGUGGGCAGUGGUCCCCUUGACCUUGGGCCACCUGGCCUGUGCUGUCGUGGGGCUGAUCUACACGGACAAGGAGUGGGCCGUGAGCAUCGAGAUGGGCAGUUGGAUCGCCUUUGAGCCCGCUAUUGCCAUCGAGGGCUUGGCCUUCGACGUUUUCGGGAAAUCCGAACUCCUGGCACGGCAGGCCUCGUCCACCCUGUUAGCCGUCUUCACCUUCGCAUGUGCCUUAGGGGUGACAAUCGGUGGUUUCAUCUAUGAUUUGGCCGGUUGGCAGGGCAUGUCCGUGUUUCAUGUGGUGUGCCAAUCCUCGAUGGUCUUCCUCUUUGCUACCCAACCUUCAACUUUCAUCUCUUUCCGCGAGUUCUUCCAUCGGCCCGACCCGCUGGUGGACGGCUCUGAUGACUCCGAGCUCCACACCGUCGUGCCCGCGACUCCCACGGCGCCUCCCCCCACCUCGCAGGGCGAAGACCUGGUCGUGGAAGAGGUCGCGGCCAUUCCGCAACUCCCUGGGACGGUGGACGAGGCGAGUACCGUGAGCCAGAAGGCCGAGGUCGUCCACCCGGCCGGUGUGCGGCAAAGUGCCGCGAGUACCGUGAGCCAGAAGGCCGAGGUCGUCCACCCGGCCGGUGUGCGGCAAAGUGCCGCGAGUGCCGUGAGCCAGAAGACCCAGCGAAGCACUCACCGAAGCACUCACCGAAGCACUCGCCGAAGUGGCCAAGGGCGAGCAAGCAGAGUGGAGUGGAGCGUGACGCGUGACCAUGUGCGUCCUUCGGUGGCUUCAGAGGCAUCGCGCCUCACCAAGCGGACCGAGGCUCGCUCCCACAAGAGCUUUCACACCGUGAGCAGCAAAGGCAGCAAAGGCACCUUCCUGUCAAAGGUCACAGGUGUGACCAACUUGAAAGAUUCGGAGAACUUGGAGCAUACCUUUCUGGCCAACAAUGCUCUUCGACCCACGGUUCUGGCACGAGCCGGAGGCGAAGAUGAGGCUGGAGAUGAGGAUGCGACGAAGACCAAGACCAAAGGCAUCCCGAAGGAUUUGCGAAUUCCUGCACUAUUGACUGUGAUGUGCUGCUUGAACAACAACCUCAGCUACGUCUUAGAGUUUAGCACCUUUGCCAUGUUUUUCAAACAGUACCAUGGCUGGAACUCGGCCCUGUGGGCCAGUUUGGCCCAGUCCGCAGGAGACUUGACAGCGGCUAUCAUGAUGAAAGUGCUGGGUGCUGCUACGGAUGAUGAUGAAGAAGCGGGAAUCCUGCGGCGUUUGACCAAGCAACCCUACAGCUUGUCUUGCCUCCUCUUUAUAUGGAUGCUUUGCAACUUGGGCAUGACCAGCCCUUGGUUGCCAUUGGCAGUGACGGCGCAGGUGAUCAUGGGGACCGUGUAUGUCUACACCUCCAAGCUCACAACUGACCUGAAUCUCUUCUACUCCCUUGGUGAUCAGUCCCUGUUCCUUAACCUUCAGGUUUGGUGCAAGAAUUUGGAAGCUCUUGGAGGCUGUACAGCUAGCUUCCUGGGCCCCUUCCUCUUUGAAACGGUCUCGCCCUUCUUCCCAUUCUUCGUGAGCGCGACCCUUUCGCUGGUGACCUUCAUCCUCUUCACCUCAGGCUUUUGCCAGCGCUUGGGCUUCCCACCGGAUGUCGAGGUGGCUGAGGCGCAGCGUUCGCGGCGCUUGGGCUUGCGACGCGUGAGCCAGUGGAGCGUGGUCAGCCGGAAGAGCCAUGCAGAAGCUCAGUACCGGAAGAAGCGACCUGAAAGAUGGUACUGCACUAGGGUGGCCUCCAGUUGGGUCAUGCCUUGUGAGAUCCGAAGCAACGAGGAAGAACUGAAGCAGUUCCACGACGAAGAGCUCGGAUGGUCUUUGAGCUACCUUGUGAUUUGCAUCCUGAUGCCCUUGUUCAACGGCUUUAUGAAUGGCUACAGUUGGUCGGGCUAUUCUUUGCACUACAUCGAAAUGGGAUGGCCCUUGGCGAGGUCCGGAUUGGCUUGCCUCAUUGGCUUCCUGUUGCGACCCAUCGUGCAGCAAGUGCAGAUCCGCUUGGGGUUGUGGGGCGUAGUACCCUUGACCUUGUGCCACCUGGCCUUAGCAGUCCUGGGGCUGAUUUGCACCGACAAGGAGUGGGCCGUGAGCCUCGAGAUGGGCAGUUGGAUUGCCUUCGAGCCCGCCAUUUCCAUCGAGGGCUUGGCCUUCGACGUCUUCGGGAAAUCCGAACUGCUGGCGCGUCAGGCCUCAUCCACCUUGUUAGCCGUGUUCACCUUCGCAUGUGCCUUAGGGGUGACGAUCGGUGGUUUCAUCUAUGAUUUGGCCGGUUGGCGGGGCAUGUCCGUGUUCCAUGUGGUGUGCCAAUCCUCGAUGGUCUUCCUCUUUGCUACCCAACCUUCAACUUUGAUCUCUUUCCGCGAGUUCUUCCACCGGUCCGACCCGCUGGUGGACGACUCUGAUGACUCCGGACUCCACACCGUCGUGCCCGCGACUCCUGCGAAUCCUGCCACCAGCGCGGCGGGUCCCGCGGUGCGCGGGACGCCGCCUGCCUCGCACCGUGAAGAUCUGGUCGUGGAAGAGGUCGCAGACUCUGUUCCGGAACUCCCUGGGACGGUGGACGAGGCGAGUGGCGUUGCCUCGGGCGAGGUCGGCGAGGUCGGCGCGGUCUGCUCUGGUAUGCGGCAGAGUGCCGUGAGUUGUGUGAGCCAGAACAGCCACCGAAGCACUGUGGAGCGACGGAGUUGGCGUGGGCCGCAUUUACGUCAUUCCGUCACCUCAGCGGCAUCGCGCCUCACCAAGCAGACGAUGAAGUCCCACAAGAGUUUCCACACCGUGAACACCAAAGGCAGCAAGGGCACACAAGGCACCUUCCUGUCAAAGGUGACAGGUGUGACCAACUUGAAAGAUUCGGAGAACUUGGAGCAUACCUUUCUGGCCAAUAAUGCUCUUCGACCCACGGUUCAGACAACACGAGCCGGAGAGCCGAGAGGAGAUGAGGCUGAAGAUAAGAAGACCAAAGGCAUCCCUAAGGAUUUGCGAAUUCCUGCUCUACUGAUUGUGAUGUGCUGCUUGAACAACAACCUCAGCUACGUCUUAGAGUUCAGCACCUUCGCCAUUUUUUUCAAAGAGUACCAUGGCUGGAACUCGGCCCUGUGGGCCAGUUUGGCCCAGUCCGCAGGAGACUUGACAGCGGCUAUCAUGAUGAAACUUCUGGGUGCUGCUACGGAUGAUGAUGAAGAAGCGGGAAUCCUGCGGCGUUUGACCAAGCAACCCUACAGCUUGUCUUGCCUCCUCUUUAUAUGGCUCCUUUGCAACUUGGGCAUGACCAGCCCUUGGUUGCCAUUGGCAGUGACGGCGCAGGUGAUCAUGGGGACCGUGUACGUCUACACUUCCAAGCUCACGACUGACCUGAAUCUCUUCUACUCCCUCGGUGAUCAGUCCCUCUUCCUCCACCUUCAGGUUUGGUGCAAGAAUUUGGAAGCUCUUGGAGGCUGUGCAGCUAGCUUCCUGGGCCCCUUCCUCUUCGAAACGGUCUCACCCUUCUUCCCCUUCUUCGUGAGCGCUACCUUUUCGCUGGUGACCUUCAUCCUCUUCACCUCGGGUUUCUGCCAGCGAUUGGGCUUCCCACCGGAUGUGGAGACGGCUGAGGCACAACGCAGUCGGCGCUUGGGCUUGCGACGCGUGAGCCACUGGAGCGUGGUCAGUCGGAAGAGCCAUCACAACCUGGAGCAAGUGGAGUGA